AUGCUACUCGCUCGUCUGGUACACUUGUCCAGGCUCUCUGAUGUCGAGAUGCAAUUUGGAUGGGAACGCUCUCGGUUUUCUCGCAUCACCCGACUUACGGCUUUGUUUCUGUGGGAUCGAUGGAAGCAUCUUUUGCGUUUUGACCCUCGCCGACUCACACGAAAGCUUGCUUACUUUGGCACUAUACUGCAACUACGGGGUGCUCCCAUGGAUUGUGUUGUUGCACUGAUCGAUGGAACCCUGCGUAAAACGGCACGUCCAGUCAAGAAUCAACGACUUCUGUACAACGGCUGGAAGCGGUUCCAUUGCCUCAAGUAUCAUGCUCUGCUGACACCCGAUGGGAUUGUGGUGCAUGUAUACGGGCCAGUCGAAGGCCGUCGCCAUGAUGAAACAGUCUUCCAGCAAAGUGGCCUCAUGGAAAUCCUUCAAGCCCACUUCUACAAACCAAAUGGAGACCCGUUGUUCAUCUACGGCGAUCCCGCUUACAGCGUUGCACCUCACAUUCUAUCUCCAUACCGUGGCGCUGCACUCACAGCUGGCGAGGCCAAGUUCAAUCGUGCCAUGAGUACUUGCCGCGAACCAGUCGAGUGGAGUUUUAAAGAGGUCAUACAGCAAUUCCCUUUUCUCGACUUCUCCCGAAACCAGAAAGUCCUCCUUUCGCCCUGUGGACUGUACUAUCUGGUUGCACUUUUACUGGGCAAUGCGCAUACCAUUGUCCACCGCCCUCAAAUUCCUCAAUUCUUUGACUGUGAUCCACCUUCGCUACAAGAGUACUUCACUGGCGGACCAAUUGUUGAUGAAGAACUGGACAGCUGGUGCUUGGAUAGUCCUUGGGUAGAGCUUCCGGAUGGAGAUGAGGAUAGUCCGGAUGAGGAUGAUGACCGUCCAGACAACGAGACAGAUGAUGAAGAAGAAAGAGACUGA